CAUCCGCAGCGGGGUUAGAGCAGUGGGGACCGAGGCGGGAGGUGGCGGCAGCAAGCCCAGAACGGCCAGGUUCUACCGGGAGGCGGCGCCACCCUCGGUCACAGGUGCCCGCGCCGGGACAGCGUCUGAAGCACACUCCAGUUGGCGGCGGAGGAGAAGGAAGGGGCAGGGCCUGGUCCCCGCCCCUCGCGCCCCGGAUGGAUGUGUCCGGCCCGGUGUCCAGGAGGGCAGCGGCAGCGGCGGCCACCAUGCUCCUGCGAACCGCUCGGGUCCCUCGCGAGUGCUGGUUCUUACCCACCUCGCUGCUCUGCGUCUAUGGCUUCUUUGCCAGCCUCAGGCCGUCCGAGCCCUUCCUGACUCCCUACCUGUUGGGGCCGGACAAGAACCUGACCGAGAGGGAGGUCUUCAAUGAAAUUUAUCCAGUAUGGACUUACUCUUACCUGGUGCUGCUGUUUCCUGUGUUCCUGGCCACAGACUACCUCCGUUAUAAACCUGUUGUUCUGCUGCAGGGACUCAGCCUUAUUGUUACAUGGUUCAUGCUGCUCUAUGCCCAGGGACUUCUGGCCAUUCAGUUUUUGGAAUUCUUCUACGGCAUCGCCACAGCCACCGAAAUUGCCUAUUACUCUUAUAUCUACAGUGUGGUGGACCUGAACAUGUACCAGAAAGUUACAAGUUACUGUCGAAGUGCCACUUUGGUGGGCUUCACAGUGGGUUCUGUCCUAGGACAAAUCCUCGUCUCCGUGGCAGGCUGGUCCCUAUUUAGCCUGAAUGUCAUCUCUCUUACCUGUGUUUCUGUGGCUUUUGCUGUGGCCUGGUUUUUACCUAUGCCACAAAAGAGCCUCUUCUUUCACCAUGUUCCUACCACCUGCCAGGGAGUUAAUGGCAUCAAGGUACAAAAUGGUGGCAUUGUUACUGACACCCCAGCUUCUAACCACCUUCCUGGGUGGGAGGACAUUGAGUCAAAAAUCCCUCUGAACAUGGAAGAACCUCCCAUAGAGGAACCGGAACCCAAGCCAGACCGUCUCCUUGUGUUGAAGGUACUAUGGAAUGAUUUCUUGAUUUGCUAUUCCUCUCGCCCUCUGCUCUGCUGGUCUGUGUGGUGGGCCCUCUCCACCUGUGGCUAUUUUCAAGUUGUGAACUACACACAGGGCCUGUGGGAGAAAGUGAUGCCCUCCCGCUACGCUGCUAUCUAUAAUGGUGGUGUGGAGGCCGUUUCAACCUUACUGGGUGCUAUUGCCGUGUUUGCCGUUGGUUAUGUAAAAAUAUCCUGGUCCACUUGGGGAGAGAUGACAUUAUCUCUCUUUUCUCUCCUGAUCGCUGCUGCGGUGUAUAUCAUGGACACCGUGGGUAACAUUUGGGUGUGCUAUGCAUCCUAUGUUGUCUUCAGAAUCAUCUAUAUGUUACUCAUCACGAUAGCAACUUUUCAAAUUGCUGCAAACCUCAGCAUGGAACGCUAUGCCCUAGUGUUUGGUGUAAACACUUUCAUUGCCCUGGCAUUGCAGACUCUGCUUACUCUAAUCGUGGUAGAUGCCAGCGGCCUUGGCUUAGAAAUUACCACUCAGUUCCUGAUCUAUGCUGGUUAUUUUGCAUUCAUCGCUGUGGUUUUCCUGGUUAAUGGUGCAGUCAGUAUUAUGAAGAAAUACAGGAAGCAAGAGGAUCCAGAAUCAAGUUCUCAAGUAACCACUUCAUAACACAGGGCUGAAGGGCUGCUUCUUACAGCAAGAACUCUGCACAGCAGCUGUCUGGAUGUAUCUAAGUUUUUAAAGUAUAGACAAAUAUUUAUGAAUAUGCAUUUCAUGGCUUCAAAGCAGCCAUUUGAUUGAUACCUGUGUUCCUGGAGUAACAUUAUACUGUUCAGAGGCACCAGAAAUCUAAGUUUAUUUCAUGGACUAUUUAUGAGAGCUAAUUUAAGAAUGACUAUUUCUGAUUCAGAAGUGAACUUGAUUUUAAAAACUAAGUAAUCAGGAGCAAUCAAGCAACACAUAGAGUUGUAUGCUUGAUUAGUGUCCUGUGCUUGAUUAGCAAGUGAGUUUGAUGUUUUAUAGGUCACGAACGUCUGUAACAGCUUAGCCAGACACUUGGCCUGGUGGGACCAGGGCUUCAUAGAGGCCUUAAGAUGUUACAAGACAUGAUGGAGAUAUAUUCUGACAGCAUCUGCCUCUAUUCAUCUAAAUUCUUAUUCCAGUGUUACUCAUGGGCAUUUGUGUUUUAUAGAUGAAAGUUGUUCCUAUCACUGGCAAUAUUUGCUCUGAUUGUGUUCUGUCCUACAAAGGAGUAUGUGUCAUUUUUAAUUUUAAGUUAUUUUUAAAAAUUCAUUGUAUAAACGUUCUUGGUUCCCAUCUUGACAAUUAUGUAUUUGUGUAGCUUUUCUUUAGAAGUACAUUUUUGCAUUACUCAUAUGCUUCCCAGAGAAGCUCAUUUAGUUAGAAAAAAAGGCAAGUUUUGAAGCCUGCUAAUAAUCUUAAUUGAAGAAACCUAAUCAGAAAACUGAAGGUAGGUUUGCUUGUCUUUAAUUCUUCAGUAUGAAGGACUAUUAAUUCCACGUUGAAAGUUCAUCUAUAGGCUAAAGAUAUAAUUAGCCCAUUUUGUACUUGCAUUCCCUUUUAUUUCCAAAAUAAAAUGUAAAAGUCUUUUUUUAAAUAACUUCACCCCCAUUUAUAGCUUUUGUAUUAUUUUCUCUUUCUUAUCUAAGUAAAGAUGUCAAUUGGAGUUGGAUUAUUCCAAGGCCUUUUUCAUAAACUGAGCCUCUUUUUAAUUAUUUCAAUGGACAGGAACUAGGUUAGAUUUGAUUCCUGUAUUUUAUACCUUAAGUCUGCCUUUGUUCCUGAGGGUAGAUCAUCUUGAAUAUUUGUUUAAAAUAAGAAUUGCUUGUGAUUCCAUUGCCACAUUACUUGAAAAACUGCUAUUCUAUAUGCAUUUAACUCUGAAAUCAGACUACCUGGGGGCUGCUAAUAUAUGUGAGAUGUGAAAACUUUUAAAGCUGACUUUGUUGCCUUACCUUGAAAAGAAUCUAGAUAGGUGCUUUUAACUGGGGUGUUAACUUUUAUAGAAUGACACAGCUAAACAGUGUUAAAAGUAGUGUCAAGAUUGCAAAAUUGACUCUAUUUGUUUAAGCAGAAAUCUUAGAAGCAAAGGGAUGAGGAUAAAAUAGAUCAUUUACCAUUCACCUUCCUUUACAAUUAAGGGAAAGGAAAGAAACGCUUUUUUGAGGAAAGGAAAGGGAAGUGAUGUCACAGAAGUAGCAACCAGGAUUAUAUUUUUUGUUUGUUUUGUUUUAGCUAUGUAGGGAAUUGUUUAUUCAAAAACAAAUAGAAAAGUAGUGUUUGAGGGAUUUUAUUUAAUCUUUUUUUUUUUUUUUUUAAUAAAAUGGACUAUGGUACAAACUGUUCACAUUACCGAAGCAAUAUUUCCCUGGAAUUUAAUUCAAAGUUGGUGGCACACACAGCCACAGCCUGAGCCUUUACUUAUUUAAGACAAGCAUAUGUUCACAUCUUGGUGUGUGGCCAUAUUUGUAGAAUGCUGAACCCAAUGUGCAAGUUGUACUGUGUGCAGUUUUGCUAAGAAGUGAAAAUAAUUUUGUUGUACCUUUUUUUUCAAUUCUGUAUAGAUUAUAGUUAUUUUAUUAAAUAAAUGUUUUA